AUGGCGCCGCCUGUUACCGUCGUACCGUCCUUGGAGACGGCCAAGGAUGUGAUCAACUCGUACAAGAACUCGAAUUAUCCUCCGAACUUGCUUCCGAUCACUGCGUCGAUUCCGGCCGAUCUUUUAACCCCGACCCUAGCAUAUCUAAAAAUCGCAGAGAAGUGA